AUCCAACACCUCUCACAAGUUAAGUCAAGCCAGCUCCGCAGGUCAUCGCUUGAGAAUAGAGGGGGAAGGUACUGCUCCCAAGCAUUUGUAGUUGGUGGGGUUCAAACUUGUGACCUCCAAGUCACAAGGUAAGUUUCCCACCAACUCCACCAAGCAUGCUAACACAUAUACAUGGUAACACAAGAACUCGCACGUCACACACAUUCCACCAAGUAUGUAGUAUUCUAGUAUAAUCAAAGGGGGAUUAAUUACUGUGUCAUCUUUUAAGGCUACUAACUCAUAUCCAUAUUUAGCACCAAAAAAUAAAAAAAAUAAGAUAAAAAUCCAUAUCCAUAUUAGUAUUCAUAUGGAUCGUAUAUAUUCUUUAUGUACUAUAUCUACAAACUACAUCAAUAUCCGUAUCCGUAUCCGUACCCAUACUUAUACCCGUAUCCAUAACAAUUGGCCUUGCCCGCCUGCCCGCCCCCGCUAAAGUAAGGUUAGAACUCUCAAAUGUCUCAAUCCAUCAUCCCUUUUCCACCAAACAACAAUUGUCCCACUGGAGUCUAAUUCUACCAUUGUCUCAUAUUAUCAAUCUUGUCAAAAUUUCCUCAAUCUGAAAAUCCCCAACAAACCUAUUUGAUCACAACUACAACCCAGAAUUUCAUCAAUUCAGGCAUAAAUAAAACACAAUUUCUUAUCCACUUUACUUCUUAUAUCCAACAAAUCCCUAAUUUGAACCUUCAAUUUAUCUAAUUCAGGUAAUGCUCAGUUAUAUGGUGUUUGUGGAUCUGCUUCAAGCAAUACAAAUCAUCUUCCGGGUGUGGAAUUGACCAUCUUAGUAAAUGUGUGAACUCUCUCCUGCUGAUGGCUUUGUUGAGAUAAAUGAGAACUUGGGAGAUAUGAUUAAGUACGUGGCAAACGAACCUUCUGUAGGACUCUAUUACAUCCAGCAGCAUGCUCAGAGUGCAGUGCCUAACAUCAUCAGGCUCAAGAAUAACAUCUUGGAGAAGUCGCAUGAAGUGAGUUUACACACUGAAGAUUUGGAGGAUUCUGUAGCUAUGACAAGGACGAUGAAAAAAUGUGGUUCCCCUGUUAUUGAUGCAAUGAUUCGAGAUAUUAAGACAUCUCUGACCAUAAUGUCAACCAAACAACCAGUUAGAGGUGUUAUCCAACCACGCAAUUCAAGUUAUCAGGCUGGUACGGCCGGUUCCUGGGGCUCAGCAUGGGCGCGCUCUGCUAUUAGUGACCAGAAUGAUGUUGUGAAAUCAGGAAGUUACUUUUCAAGCGUGUUCCAGUCUGCUAAGGAAAAGGCAGUUAACUUGAAGUGGGCACAAGGUACACAACUCGAUGUGAAGGAGCCAUUACCUUCUGGAAGCAAUAGUUCCACUCAGGUGGGGGAAAGUGAUGAUUUGCCUAUAUCUAGUCAGGUUGAAAAUGAGGUAGUUGAAGGCGGUAAUUUAUCCAUAGAUGGAAAAUCUCAACUUAUAUUGCCCGAAGCAAUAGAAUAUGAUGAGUUCAAGGCUGAUAGGGAAGCCAGACUAGAAGAGUGGUUGGAUGAUUCAGGCAACGUUCUUCAAAAUGAGAGUGGUGAGGCUGACGGAAAUGGGCCUCUUCGGCUUGACAGUUUAUGAUGAUGUCUCUGGUCACACCAUUUUAUCUUGAUAAUAUUGACAUAUUGUUGAUCACAGUGAUCUUUGAACUUGAAGGUAGAUUUAUGUCUGCACCAUCUGUUGUAUCCAUAUGAUACCUGUAACAUUACUGACAAUUGGCCUUAUUUUUUCUUAUUGUACAGUUUAGAAUGUGUCACUAUGUUGUAAUAACUGAGGACGACAUGUAGCUUAGCUGGUGCUCAUCCCGACUUACAUGGCUAAGUCCCAGCCUCACUUCACCCUUCCCUUGGGUGGUCACUUACUUGGUUAUCUAAACAUAGGGUCAUAGGAUACCAAGUGUUAGCCGCUUCCCUGAAAAAUAAAAUGUAUUUUGAGGUUGGAGUUUUCUUUCAAUAAAAAAUGGUUUGUGAGUUUAUGAGACUGAA